GUGUUCUUCUGGACGAAGAACCCAGCAGUCCGCCAAACGCUGCUUUCGCUUGGUGCUCUUUGUCAAUAAGGACUACCCACCCCUCUUUUUAUAAUUUGACCGUUUUAGAGCCAAUUAUUCACAAUGGGUAAAAAGGAAGAGGAGGAAAUUAUAAGAAUUGCGAAGAAGAUGGAUAAAAUGGCGCAGAAGAAAAGUGGGGUGGGGGCUCUGGACCUUCUGAAGGAGCUGAGGGCUGUACCCAUGACACUAGAGCUUCUACAGUCUACCAGGAUCGGGAUGUCUGUGAACGCCAUUAGGAAGCAGAGUACAGAUGAUGAGGUCACCUCUCUGGCCAAGGCUCUCAUUAAGUCCUGGAAGAAACUCCUCGAUGAGCCUGGAGGUGGAGACAAGUCUGAGGAGAAGAGGAAAGAGCCAUCAACACCCACCAGUACAGUGUCUCCAUCCCAGGGCAGUCCUGAACCACGUGAAGAGAGCUCCAGUAAUGACUCCAGCAGUAAGAGUGAACCUGUUGAGGUGAUGCCUUCAAAUUCUCUCAUCUCCACAUUCCCUCGCGCCCCCUCCACCUCAGACUCUGUCAGGAUGAAGUGUCGUGAGAUGCUUUCCCAGGCUUUACAGGCCGGAGAUGAUUACAUCGCUAUAGGAGCAGACUGUGAUGAAUUGGGUGCUCAGAUUGAGGAAUCUAUCUUCAGCGAGUUCCAGAACACUGACCCAAAGUAUAAGAACCGUGUUCGUAGCCGCAUUGCCAACCUGAAGGACAUCAAGAACCCCAACUUGAGGAGGAAUGUUCUCUGUGGAAACGUUGCCCCUGACCGCAUGGCCAAGAUGACAGCUGAGGAGAUGGCAAGUGAUGAGCUGAAGCUGAUCAGGAAGAACCUGACAAAAGAGGCCAUCAGAGACCACCAGGUUUCCCAGACAGGAGGGACCCAGACCGACUUGUUCACCUGCGGCAAGUGCAAGAAGAAGAGAUGCACAUACACUCAGGUCCAGACCCGGAGUGCUGAUGAACCCAUGACCACCUUUGUCUUCUGUAUGGAAUGUGGAAACCGAUGGAAGUUUUGUUGAAAUCGGGGAAGACGUGGAGGAGGGCGACGAGAUCUUAUGGAAUGAGAAAUAUUGUACUAGUGGACCAUCUAGACAGACCAAGGUUAAAGGUCAGAAUUAAUCAGAGAUCAUGGCUCUGACAAGUACACAUACAGCUAGCUACAGGAAAGGACCCCUGACCUCUGGUACCAGCACCAACCAACGGCUGCAUACAGUUUCUAUUGGAAGAUAUUAAUGUCGAUAGCUCAGCCCCUGUAUUUUAACCCCGCCCCCAAGCUGUUGAGAUUAUCAAUAUUGUUGUCACUGUUUCUUUUACCAUCAAUCAAUUUUUAUAUGUAGCUAGUUUUAACAUUUUGACAAACUUGGCUCUACAAUUUACUAUUUGAGUUUUGCUUCUUGUUCAACCCUCAUGAGUGUUUUAUUUAAUAUGCCAGUAAAAUGUGCAAAUAAAUUUGGUUAAAAACAA